GUGCAAAAGGAGGAAAUAGGAACAACAGAAACCGUUGACAAAAAUGACAAGGAGGAUAGCGAACUGAUGCAUAUUCUUGCGUCUACUUCAUUAGGUUCUCUGGAGGCCCCUUGUCGUGCUGCUUUUGAGUUUGCCCAGCAUAAAAUUAGGGAGAAGAAAGCGGCUUUGGAGCAUUUGCAGGCAAAUAUUUCCACCAGCCGGUCGGCCACACGCCAGGAAAGGCAGCGACUGGAUGACGUCAGGAGCCAGCUGGAGGGUCGUCGUGGCAGACUGCGUGAAGUGACAGAUAUCCUGCUUACUAAACAGUUGACUCUCUUUGGACAGGGCUCUUCAAGUUGA